AUGACGCGCAUGAACGUCCUCGUCUACACCGGCACCGGCACCACCGUCGAAUCCGUCCGCCACACAAUCUAUACCCUCCGCCGCCUGCUCUCCCCGCACUUUGCUGUUAACCCCAUCACCGCGCAGACGCUCCUCACCGAGCCGUGGUCGCCCACCUGCGCGCUGCUAGUCCUCCCCGGCGGCGCCGACCUCGGCUACUGUCGCGCGCUCAACGGCGACGGGAACAGGCUCAUCAGCCAGUAUGUAUGGGGCGGCGGCGCAUAUCUGGGCUUCUGCGCGGGUGGGUAUUACGGGUGCGGCCGGGUGGAGUUCGAGGUCGGUGAUAAGGAGCUGGAGGUUGUGGGCCCGAGAGAGCUGAAGUUCUUUAAGGGCGUGUGUAGAGGCGCGGCGUUUGGCGGGUUCGAGUAUGGUAGUGAGAGGGGCGCUAGGGCGCCGGAGGUGAGUGUGGAGAAGGGCGUACUGGAGGGGGCUCUGGAGGGCUUCAGGUGCUACUAUAAUGGGGGUGGCCUCUUUGUAGACGCGGAUAAAACCGAGGGUGUGCAGGUCCUGGCGAGGUACAAGGAGAAGCUGAAUGUUGGUGGGGGAGACGCCGCGGUCGUGUAUUGCAGUGUGGGGAAGGGGGGCGCGGUGCUCACGGGGCCGCAUCCGGAGUUUGCCGGUGUCAAUCUAGAUAGGAAUGCGGGCCCGGAAGGGUAUACCGGACUUGUGGAUGCCCUCCUGGAAGAUGAUGCGAAGAGAGUCGCUUUCUUGAAGGCUUGUCUUGUGAAGCUGGGGCUUCAUAUCGCAGAGGAUAGCAAGGAAGUGCCGGCGCUGUCAGAUAUACAUCUGAGCUCUAUAUAUCCCGCCGAUGUGAGCUACCUGGUUGAGCGUCUUAAGGACAUUACUACUGCUACGGAAGAUGACACUCGCAAGAUCAUUGGCGAAAACGACACUUUUACUAUCUCGGAUUACAAAGAGGACACACUAUCAUUGACCUCACUUUCCGGCGCACUACCAGCCAAAUCCAACGGCAAAAGCCCCACCGAAAACACCGGCAUCAUCGACCACAACGCCCUCGAAAAGCACAUCAAAACACACACGUACCGGCCCCCACCCCCCUCCGAGACUCCCCACUUCUCGCACAAAACCUUCUACACAGCGCUCUCCCACCAGCGCACGCUCUCCUCCUCACACCCCUCCCACUUCGGCUCAUUCCUCCUCUACGCAAACGUCAUCACAAGCACCAACACCAUCCUCGACAAGAACUUCGCCCUCCUCCAGCGCCUCCCGACGGGCCUCACCGCCGUCGCAACAAUCCAGGUCUCGGGCCGCGGCCGCGGCUCAAACGUAUGGGUCACCCCCCUCGGAGCCCUCGUCUGGUCCACCGUCGUCCGCCACGCCGCCCAUCUCGGCGCCACCGCGCCCGUGGUCUUUAUCCAAUACCUUGUCGCCCUCGCCGUCGUCGAGGCCGUCAAGUCCUAUGGCAAUGGCAACGGCGACGACGGCUACGACGCUAUGCCCGUGCGCCUUAAGUGGCCAAACGACAUCUACGCCGCCUCCCCCGCCAACCCGACCGUAUUCGUGAAGAUUGGCGGAAUCCUCGUAAACUGUAGCUACGCCGACGGACAGUUCCUCCUCGUCGUGGGCGUCGGCCUGAAUACUACCAAUGCCGCGCCCACAACUUCGCUCAACCUCAUCUUGGCCUCCCUUAACACCCAACGGGUUGCAAAGGGUCUGCCUCCACUAGCAGAAUUUGAGCAGGAGAAACUGCUGGCUCGGAUACUGGUGGUUUUUGAGGAGAUGUAUGCAAGGUUCUGUGAGCAUGGGUUUGGCGUGUUUGAGCAGAGGUAUUAUGGCUCCUGGCUGCAUACGGACCAAGUUGUGAGGCUUGAGAUGGAGGGGGGGGCGAGGGCACGGGUGAGGGGUAUCACGAUGGAUUUUGGGCUCUUGAGGGUGGAUGAGGUGGAUGAGAACGAUAGGCUGACGGGCAAGGUGUGGACGCUGCAGAGCGAUGGGAAUAGUUUUGAUUUUUUUAGGGGGCUGUUGAAGAAGAAGACUUAG